CCGUUCCCCGUAGCUCCGGCGGCAGUGACCUCCCCUCCCGUGAUGUUGGGCGCGGCGGCCGGACCUCUUUCCACCCGAGCAUCCGGGUCCUGGCCCCCAAGGGGCUAAAGAGCCCGGUGCCCUCUCCCCGCCUUGCACCCGUCCCCUCCAGGCUCCCUUGAAUCAUGCCUCCCGUCUGGUUCGGUGUCCACAGCUUUCUGCUGCGCCUCUCCAACCACCCCAGGUGGGGACGCCGGCGGCCCCAGGCCCCCCUGCUCUGGCUCCUGCUCCUGGGCUGGCCCGCCUGGGUCCAGCCAGCCACCUUCAAGGUGGGGGUGAUGGGGCCCUGGACCUGUGACCCCAUCUUCGCCCAGGCCUUGCCCGAGGUGGCCGCCCAGCUGGCCGUGGGGCGGCUCAACAGGGACCCCACCGUGAACCAGGGUUACUGGUUCGACUACGUGCUGCUGAACGAGGAGUGCCAGACCAGCCAGGCGCUGGUGGCCUUGGUCAAGGCCGAGCGCUACGCCUCUGGCUUCAUCGGGCCGCUCAACCCGGGGUCCUGCGGGGCGGCCGGGCCGCUGGGCCGGGCCUGGAACAAGCCCUUCUUCUCCUGGGCCUGCCUGAACGGGGACGCCGAGGUCGAGCGCUGGGGCACCUUCGCCCGGCCCCUGCCCCGGGCCUCGGCCGUCCUCUACGCCGUUCUCCAGUUCUUCCGCUGGGCCCACGUGGCCGUGGUCACCUCCCGGCAGGACCUGUGGGUGGAGGUGGGGCAGGGCCUGGCCAGCUCCCUGCGCGAGUUGGGCUUGCCCGUGGGCGUGGUGACCACCAUGGAGCCCGGGGCCGACGGGGCCCGGAAUGCCCUGCGGAGGGUGCAGAGAGCCGACAACGUCAGAGUGGUGGUGAUGUGCAUGCACUCGGUGUUGCUGGGCGGGGAGGAGCAGCGCCUCCUGCUGGAGAAGGCCGAGGACCUGCGCAUGACAGAUGGCACCUUCAUCUUCAUCCCCUACGACACGCUGACAUACAGCCUGCCCUACCGCCAGACCCCCUACCCCGUGCUGGGCAACAACACCAAGCUGCGGCUGGCCUACGAUGCUGUGCUCACCGUCACUAUCGACGCCCCUGAGCACAGCUUCCGUGAGGCUUUCCAGGAUGCCCAGCGGGCGCACGAGCUGCCGGCUCACCUGGACCCCACACAGGUGCACCCGCUCUUCGGCACCAUCUACAACUCCAUCUAUUACCUGGCCAAGGCGGUGGAGCGCACGCGGCAGGCUGGCCGCUGGGUGAUGGGCUCCAGCGUCGCCGAGCACGCCCGGGACUUCCAACUGGACGGCUUCUGCCAGCCGCUGGCGGCCGACAAGGAUGGUGACCCCGUGGUGAGGUACAUCAUCCUUGACACGGACGGCAAAGGGAACCACCUCUGGCCCACCUACAGCGUGGCCACAGGGCCCGAGGGGCUGCGCUACUUGGGGCACACCAUCCACUGGCCCCACAGUGCCAGCCCCGGCACCGACUCGAGCUGCUGGUUCGACCCAACGUCUGUCUGUUCUGGGGGGGUGGAUCCCAGCUUCAUCCUGCUCCUCUUCAUCCUGGUUUCCAGCUUCAUUGUUGGGGGAACGAUUCUUGCUUAUUACAUCAGGCGCCGGAUCCUGCAUGCCCAGCUGAUGAAGGGGCCCAACAAGAUCAUUCUGACCAUGGACUUGACCUUCAUCCACACCCAGAGCAGCAACAAAGUAAGAAGCAGAGUUGGGGGGGGGCAAAGGACGGCACAGGGGGGACCCACUGGGGCCAAGGGGCAGGGGCUGUCCAGGGGUGACUGGGUUUGGCUCAAGAAGUUCCCGGGGGAAAAGCACACGGAGAUCAAGCCAGCCACCAAAACCAGCUUCUGCAAGCUCCGGGACCUCCGGCAUGAGAACGUGAACCUGUUCCUGGGGUUCUUCUAUGACUGUGGGGUGUUCGCCAUCGUCUCGGAGCACUGCUCCCGCGGCAGCCUGGAGGACCUCAUCCGCAACCAGGACAUGAAGCUCGACUGGAUGUUCAAGUCCUCCCUGCUCAUCGACCUCAUCAAGGGGAUGAAGUACCUCCAUCACCGGGAGAUGGUCCACGGGCGGCUGAAGUCGCGGAACUGCGUGGUGGACGGGCGCUUCGUGCUGAAGGUGACGGACCACGGCUACAACGAGCUGCUGGAGGCCCAGAAGAUCCCACACGACCCGCCCAGGCCCGAAGAGCGGUUCUGGACGGCGCCAGAGCUGCUGCGGGACCCGUCGCUGGAGCGCAAGGGCACCUUCCGCGGGGACGUCUACAGCAUCUCCAUCAUCAUGCAGGAGGUGAUCUGCCGCAGCGCCCCCUACUGCAUGCUGGACAUGCCGGCCGACGAGAUCAUCCAGAAGGUGGAGAAGCCACCCCCGCUCUGCCGGCCCUCGGUCUCGGUGGACCAGGCCCCUCUGGAGUGCAUCCAGCUGAUGAAGCAAUGCUGGAGCGAGCAGCCCGAGCGGCGGCCCACCAUCGACCAGAUCUUUGACCAGUUCAAGAACAUCAACAAGGGCCGGAAGACCAACAUCAUCGACUCCAUGUUGCGCAUGCUGGAGCAGUACUCCAGCAACCUGGAGGACCUGAUCCGGGAGCGGACGGAGGAGCUGGAGAUCGAGAAGCAGAAGACGGACAAGCUGCUCACCCAGAUGCUGCCGCCGUCGGUGGCGCAGGCUCUGAAGAUGGGGACUCCGGUGGAGCCCGAGUACUUCGAGGAGGUGACCCUCUACUUCAGCGACAUCGUGGGCUUCACCACCAUCUCGGCCAUGAGCGAGCCCAUCGAGGUGGUCGACCUGCUCAACGACCUCUACACCCUCUUCGACGCCAUCAUUGGCUCCCACGAUGUCUACAAGGUGGAGACCAUCGGAGAUGCCUACAUGGUGGCCUCAGGGCUGCCCCAUCGGAACGGGAACCGGCACGCGGGUGAAAUCGCCAACAUGUCGCUGGACAUCCUGAGCGCCGUCGGCUCCUUCCGCAUGCGCCACAUGCCCGACGUGCCGAUCCGCAUCCGCAUUGGGCUGCACUCCGGGCCCUGCGUGGCUGGCGUGGUGGGGCUCACCAUGCCCCGGUACUGCCUCUUCGGGGACACCGUCAACACCGCCUCCCGCAUGGAGUCCACCGGCCUGCCUUACCGGAUCCACGUGAACAUCAGCACGGUCACCAUCCUGCACUCGCUAAAGGAGGGAUUCAAAUUGGAGAUUCGGGGCAAGACGGAGCUCAAGGGCAAAGGUGUAGAAGACACGUACUGGCUGGUGGGACGAGAUGGAUUCAACAAACCCAUCCCUACUCCCCCCGACCUGCAGCCGGGGGCGAGUAACCAUGGCAUCAGCCUGGAUGAGAUCCCCGAGGACCGGCGGAAGAAGCUGGAGAAAGCCCGGCAGAACAAGUAGCAAGGGAGGCCAGCGAGCGGGAGGCCAUGCUGGGCCGAGAUCUGCGGCCAACACCACCUGACACUUUCCGGCCAGUCCCUGUGGGCCUUUCUGCCGCGGGGCAGACUCAGAUUGCUCCCCCACCUCGACCCCAUCACACCCUGUGGAAGGAGGAUGGGCUGGGGCAGGUGGGCAACUGGUGCCGGUUACCAGAAAUGGACUCGUCUUUGUGUGCACUGGUCCCGCCUCCCCAGGUGCAUUGUGGGACUGUGGCCCUGACCUAGGAAUCGCUGUUUGCUUUGCAGCCGAAGAGCCAGGUGCAUUAUGGGACUUCAGUCAACCUGGGAUUUACCGUUCACCUCCAACCAAGGACCCCAGGUGCAUCAUGGGACUUCAGUCAACCUGGGAAUUCACAUUCAUUCCUGUAAUGGGCAGUGUCCCCCGGGACCAGCCAUUCUCCCCCCCCUUUCUUCAGGGGUUCAGACUGUACCACUGCGAGGAGAUGGGGGUGGCUGGGUGAUUUGUUCAGACCCUAAUUGCUUUCUGCAGAGAACCCCGGACAGACAAGAUGGGGGAAUGGAGCGACGCCCCCAUGGGGUUACUGCAGUUUGCCGGCUGAGUGCCGGGAGAUUAGCUCCCUGUAGGGGCAGCGAAGGGAACAAUGUUUUGCUCCCUCCCUGCUAAAAGAUGUUUUGUGGGGGCUGGAGGUCUGGGUUCAGUUCCUACCCACGGCCGUGCUGGCUGUAUGCAUGAGGCUUCCCUAUCCAGCACUGUAAUAUUUGGGCUCCCAUAUGGCUCCAGGGGGCAGGGACUGGGGCAUGGGGGGUGGGGGUGGGAAUGGGGCAUGGGGCCUUUCUC